AUGCAGCUGGACCCGAGGCCCGCCACGCUGGGGCUGCUGCUGCUGCUGUGCGCCGCGGCAGCCGGCGCCGGGGAAGCCGAGGAGCUGCACUACCGGCAGGGCGAGCACCGCGCCGACUACGACCGCGAGGCGCUGCUGGGCGGCCAGGAAGAAGUCGAUGAAUAUGUUAAACUCUCCCCCGAAGAGCAGCACAAAAGACUGAAGUCAAUCAUAAAGAAAAUUGACUUGGACUCAGAUGGCUUUCUCACCGAAAGUGAACUCAGUUCAUGGAUUCAAAUGUCUUUUAAACAUUAUGCUAUGCAAGAAGCGAAACAACAGUUUAUUGAGUAUGAUAAAAACAAUGAUGGUAGUGUGUCAUGGGAUGAAUACAACAUUCAGAUGUAUGAUCGGGUGAUCGACUUUGAUGAGAACACUGCUCUGGAUGAUGCAGAAGAGGAGUCUUUUAGGCAGCUUCAUUUAAAGGACAAGAAGCGAUUUGAAAAAGCUAACCAGGAUUCAGGCCCUGGUUUGAACCUUGAAGAGUUUAUUGCUUUUGAGCAUCCUGAAGAAGUUGAUUAUAUGACGGAAUUUGUCAUUCAAGAGGCUUUAGAAGAACAUGACAAAAAUGGUGAUGGAUUUGUUAGUUUGGAAGAAUUUCUUGGUGACUACAGGCGGGACCCGACCGCAAAUGAAGAUCCAGAGUGGAUACUUGUUGAGAAAGAUAGAUUCAUGAAUGAUUAUGACAGAGAUGCUGAUGGCAGACUUGAUCCGCAAGAACUGUUGUCCUGGGUUGUACCCAAUAACCAGGGCAUUGCACAAGAAGAGGCUCUUCAUCUAAUUGAUGAAAUGGAUUUGAAUAGUGACCGAAAGCUUUCUGAAGAAGAGAUUCUGGAGAACCAGGACUUGUUUCUUACAAGUGAAGCCACAGAUUAUGGCAGACAGCUUCAUGAUGAAUAUUUUUAUCAUGAUGAACUUUGA